AUGCCGUUUGCUCACGCAGACAACGAUACCCAAACAGCGAAAGCAGACACAUGCGCCGUGCUCUUUCGCGCUACUGAUGGCAAGAGUACGGGCAAGACGAAAGUCAGUGUUGUGGUACGUGUUACGCAGCGCUCAUGCCAGAUCCCCCCGUCCGAAAUACUUGCAUUCCAAGCAACAUACUUGCCGAUGCUCCGCACGCAUCUUACCGAAGCGCUCAAGAAGCGCGAUAAGGCCAAGGAGCGCCGCGUGGAUAAACUGCUAACCGCGUCACGGAAGCGCAUCGAGGAAAACAAUGGCAAAGUCAAAAUUUUAGGAUCGAGCGCACAGCGCUCCAGCCCUGUCAGUGCCAUGAUGUCUGCGAUUCUUGGCCAGAGCGUCGCGCUGCGCGGCGCGCUGCCGUACCUGCUUGCACUACCUGCCAUGUCCGCCAUAUUUAAGCUUAUGCAAGUGACACUUGGUGCGAUUCUUCAAGUUGUGAUCAUGUGCGUUGCCGGCUAUGUACUUGCGUCGCGCGGCAUUCUGAACAAGAAGACACAAGCGAAAAUGAACAAGCUCAAUGUCUCGCUUCUUACCCCCGCGCUGCUCUUUUCCAAAGUCGCGUUUUCCCUGAAUCCCGAGCGCCUCACGGAGCUGGCCAUUGUCCCGUUCGGUUUCGUCGCUGUCACCCUGGUCUCAGCGUUUGCGGCAUUUGUCAUGUCGCGUGUGUUGCGCAUUCCCCCUGGACAGCGCAACUUUGUUUUGGCGUGUGCAAUUACGCCCAACUCGAAUACGUUGCCCAUCGCGCUGAUCCAGUCGCUGGUCAUUACGGUGCCCCGCCUGCACUGGAUUCGCAAUGGUAUUGACAACGAUAGCCCGAAUGACAUGCUGGGCCGCGCGCUCACCUACCUGGUGCUGUUUUCGACCUUGGGCACAGUGCAGCGCUGGAGCGUCGGCGCCACGUUGCUAGGCAACGUCACGGUCGACCAGCCGCCGCGGCCGUACUCACAUCACGCUAGUGGCCGUGACGAUGUGACUGACUUUCUGAUUGAUGCACGCCACCGCCUCGCACUUGCUGACCGCGCUAGCAUGGCAUCUGACUCGGCCUUCGAGCACGAAAAUCGCAGUGCGGCUACGCCGCUCGUGCAAGAGCCCAGAGUCUCGCUAUGGCACAAGGUUUGGGCGAAUGGGGUGGUGAAGCCAUACCAUACCGUGAUCGAGUUCAUGACUGUGCCGCUGUGGACCGCGCUGCUUAGUUUUAUUGUUGCGCUCAUCCCGCCGCUGCAGCACUUUAUUGUCCAGAUGAAGCCCGUCGUGAGCGCCAUUGAGGAGCUCGGCAGCUGCAGUAUUCCGCUAACUGUGCUCGUGCUUGGCGCUUACUUUGUCGGCGAGCGUGAACAGGCGGUCCAGCUGGAAGAGGAGGGCGAGCAGCGCGUCUCGCACAUUCCUGACUACUCCUGGCGCACAAUUCUCGCCGCUGUUUUGGCGCGCAUGAUACUGACUCCGCUCAUUAUGCUUCCGAUCCUUACUUACGUGUGCAUUGUCAUGCGCGAGGGUGUCGUUGACGACCCGAUUUUUAUCGCGUGUGCAUGCCUGGUCAUUGGCUCGCCGCCAGCACUGACCCUCGCUCAAAUUUCGUCCCAGCGUGGGGACCCAAACAGCAACGUGGAGUACCUCAUCAGCGGCACCAUCUUUAUCUCUUAUAUUGUGUUUACUACGCCGACUGCGGUUGGAUUGGUACUCACAGCACUCGUCAUUGACGAAAUUCAAGACCAAUUUAUCGUCGCCAAGAUGUUCCCUGCACUCUUUUCUUCCCUAUCGUAA